AUGGCCAUGUACGACACAACCGACCCAGGCCAGCCCAUUCAGGUGCUUGGCCCUGAGCCGCUGCGUGUGGAGAAUGGCUCUUUCUACCCCUACGUGCUGCCUGGGCCUGUCGUGCCGGGCCCCAAGCACGUCGAGCCUUUUCCCGAGGACCUGCUGGGCCGCAAGUAUGAGGCGCACUGCAGGUAUGAGGGCGCCUACCCCACGUGGCAGCUGGUGUACGCCCCCAUGCUGCUGGGCCUGCUCGUGCUGCUUGUGGUCUGUAUCAUCCCCAUGAAGUAUGAGGGCGCGUACCCCAGGUGGGAGCUCGUGUAUGCCCCCAUGCUGCUGGGCCUGCUCGUGCUGCUCGUGGCCGUGCUGCUGUCUGCAGUCAUUGCGGUGCUGGCGUGGAAGCAGAGGGAGAUGGCGGAGGGCGUGAGGGAGAUGCAGCUGUGCACGAUGGCGCUGGAGAAUGCCGAGCGCUCCAAGAGUGAGACCGUGGCCAACACCUCGCAUGAGCUGCGCACCCCCAUCAUCGGCAUGAUAGGCAUGAUAGAGGAGCUGUUGGAGUCGCGAUUGGAGGAGUGGCAGUAUGCAGACCUGCGGGUGGCGAGGGCGUGUGCCGGUGAGACGGUGGAGCUCAUCAACCGAGUGUUGGACCUCGCCAAGCUGCAGGCCGGCAGGCUGCAGCUCGAGACUCUCCCCUGCUGCCUGCGCCGCAUCGUUCGCGACGCGACUGCACUCGCUGCCUCAGAUGCGCACACUAAGGAGUCUCACGUGACAUGCCACGUGGACGAGAGUGUGCCAGCUGUGCUCAUGGGGGAUCCCACACGCCUCUUGCAAGUCAUCGGGGAGCUCACGGCCCACGCCAUCAGCAACACCACAGGAGGCCACGUGAUCUUUCACGUCGGCUGCAUCCCUCCCCCGCCUCCCCUCCCCACUUCCACCAACUGUUUCGAUCUGCACGGCCCAUCCAGCACCUCGCCUGCCACUCACCCUCCCUCAAAUCCCGGGGCCUCCUCCACGUGGCAGCAGCUGGCUGCCUGUGUGCGCCGCUUCCCUCCCCCCACUGCCCUCGCGUGCCUCCCUCGGAUCCAAGCGGGAAGGCCGGGUGGCGGGGCCAACAUCAAAGGGGGCGGGGGAGCCAACAGCAGAGGGGGCGAGGAGCAGCGGCGGAUGGGGUUGGUCGAGCGCUGCUGCAGGCGUGUGGCAGCGGCGGUAGGCAUGGGGGCGGCAGGCUUGGGGCCGGCAGGCUUGGGGGAAUCCAUCGGAUCGAGGGGGAGGGAAGGAGAUGAGGCACAGGGUGGGGUUGGGCGGUUGGAGGAGGAGGUGAGGGAGUGGGUGGAGGAGGCGUGCAGGGAGAGGGAGGAGGGCGAGUGGAUGGUGGUGGUGGCAUGUGAGGACACGGGCGGUGGUAUUCCACCCGAGGAGAUGCGGUGGGUGCUGGAUCCACAUGGAGACUCCCACCACGCCGCUCACACCUCUCAUGCACCUCCUACUGCUGGUGCUGCUGAUGCUGAUGAUGGUGACAGCGAUGAUCAAAAUACCUUGCACCAGCAGGGCUCUUUCUUUCCCUUCUCUCUCAUUCGCCGCCGCAAGAGGCCAGCAUCCGCAACUGCUCUCACGCACGAACAGAAGGCUGCUGCUCGCCCCCGCUGGACGCCCUACCCCGUUCGCUUCCUGCUCUCCACCGCCCUUGUGGCGGAGAUGAGGGGAGACAUGGCAGUGCUGUCACACGCCGCCACAGGCACCACCAUUCUGCUGGCGCUGCCCCUGGGGGGAGGAGAGGACGCUGACAUCUGCGGGGACGGGGAGUGGGAUGAGGAGGAGGGUGGUGGGGAAAGGGAUGGGUGCGGGUCAGGAUGUGAAGGGGAGUGUGUGGAAUUUGAGAGUGGCACAAAGUCAGGCUUACCGCAGCAGGCAUCUGUGCAGCAGCAGAAACCUAAGCACCAGCAGCAGCAGCAGCAGCAGCAGCAGCAGCAGCAGCAGCAGCAGCAGCAGCAGCAGCAGCAGCAGCGGGCAUCACGAGCUCACUCUCACCUCAAGCCGCAGGCCAGCAUAGCCGAUGCCUUAGAGAAUGCAGGAGAGGCCAAGGGGGAUUCGCCAGCGGUGGCGGCAGAGGCAGCAGCGAAAGAGGAGGAGCCGGUACCAGCGGUGGUGAAGGCGGGGCGGCGAACAGCACGGUCGCAUUCUCUCCCCAAGCCUCAUUCCCACACGGAGGGCCUGGGAGACGCGGAGGCGCCGGCCCCAGCGGCAGUGUCGGGGCGGCGGACUAGACGGGCGCACUCCCUCCCCAGAAUGCAUGCCCAGAUGGAGGGCGCGGAGGAGGCGGAGGUGCUGGUGCGAGCGGCGGUGGCGGGGCGGUCGGUGGCGGUGGUGGAUGACAACGCGGUGAACCGCAUGGUGGCAAGGAGAACGCUGCAGGGCUACGGGGCGCACGUGCUGCUGCUGUGCUCCGGGGAGGAUGCGCUGCAAGCGCUCUCCUCUGCCCCUCCCUCCUCCCCGCCCAUCCACCUGUUGCUCCUCGACCUCCACAUGCCGCCCGGCAUCGACGGAUUCGAGACGGCUUCUCGGAUUCGAGCCAUGGAGAGGGCACAGCGCAGCAGCAGCAGACAAACAACACACGUGAUGCCAGAGGGAGACAAUACCCCCAGUGAUGCAGCAGCAGCAGCAGCAGCAGCAGGAACAGGAACAGAAGCAGCAGCAGCAGCAAGUGCAGUUGAUGCAAGCACGGAAGCAAGGGCAGUUGAUGCAAAGACCCAGCACGAGCCCCUGUGUAUCAUAGCGCUGACAGCUGACUUGGAUGCAGGAGUGAAGCGAGCGUGCUUGGAGGCCGGCAUGGAUGGAGCAGUGAGGAAACCGAUCGUGGCACAGGAACUGCUUGCAGCACUCAUAGCUGCAGGGUUUGGAGCAGCCGCUUUUUGA